AUGUACAUAUUUCAAAAUAAACCGAUUCUUCCAAGUGGUCAGACAAAUUUUGGAUCCCAACUCUGAAGCGAAGCAUCCAUGUAUUGAUACUGAGGGAAUGAAGGAAUCAAUCUUCCUGUGAUUUACACUAAAAAUAUUCUUGUAUCAGCACCUGCUCUUUUACCGCCUACUAUGACUAAUAAAGAGAGUUUAUUUAUUUCCAAAUUCCCCUCGGUAGGUAUCCAGGGUUUAAUCAAAACAAGAGAAGCUGGAAUUAAUAGAGAAGAAGAAAUGGUCAAUCCCUUUGCAUCUCAAACUACUUCUACUAUGUUUCCCAAGUCCCUUAACGUAGUGGCUCAUGGUCUCAACUCUGCUGUUACCCAAGACCUUAGCCAAGGAAUCUCCUGUACCAAAAACCCUACCUUCAAAAAGGUUUUGGGAGAAAAUUCUCAAAUUGAAAAAUCAGAAUCCCAAAAUGAGGAUAGUGAUAUUGAAAGAGCUGUUUUAGGAGACAGAGAUCAUUUUGAUUUCCUGAAGUAUCCCAAAAUACCUCCUCAUCUCUCCUUUAUCAAGGAGUAUGCUCAUUCAGUGAGUUACGACUCAGAUAAAGGGUUGAACAAGAAACGAGUUUUUCAUUGAAAAUUCGGAGACUGUCAAAAAUCUUUUAACAAAACUUGGAAUUUUAUUAAUCACGCCCGCACUCAUCUGAAGAUAAAGCCUUACCAGUGUCAGACUUGCCAUAAGAGGUUCACUCAAAGAGGAAAUAUGAAGAUCCAUGAGAAAAUUCAUCAGAGGAAAUAAAUAAAGCGUCCUACUUUCAGGAGGCAAUUUAUUCCAAAAUUUCCAAAAUUCGUAUCAGCCUUGUCAGAAGCUCUUAAAAAAGUUUCUUCUCAAAGGAUAACUAAUUAUUAACAAGGUUG